GCCGACAGCCCGAGACAGAGCGCCUCUUUAGGGGAACCACCAUACGUCUUGAGCCUUUACACAUUCAAUGCGCUGUCUCCACCUGAAAUACUAGCAGCAUAUAACCACACGCUUGCGUCGCUCGCAACUGCGAGCAACCAUCGAGGCUGUUGACAGGCCAGCAAGCCGCUACUUCGGCCUCGUCGUCCUCAUCAAUCAUAUCUCCCAGCAAAUCUGUGCUUUUAUAGCGCCUGGAUUUGUGGAUAGCCAGGACUGGCGCCCACGAGCUCAACGACAUGCCGCCCAACUGCUGCGGUAGCAGCUUAGGCGGCCGGCCGCUCAUAGCGCCGGUCCUGCUGGCAGCGCUCUUCCUUCUUGGAACUCAUGGCCAUGAUCAUAUCAGCCUCAGUGACGAGAGUGACGGCACCAUGGGCAGAAGCCUUCAGUACGAGUCCACUACUGCAGCCGCCGUGACGGAUCCUGCUGCUGCCGAGGCCGCCGGUGUUAUUGCCGCUGGCGCCUUGGAGCGCCGCCGCCUAUCCUCACGCUCGGUGUCGGUCUCUGAGAGGCUGCGGCUGCGAUGGCUGCAGCUGCGCGGCGCAGCAGCCCACUCCUCAUCAGCUGCCGCCACCAGCGGCGCCGCCGGGUCUGCGGGGCCUCGCCGCCACCUCGCCACCGGCCUCGGCUGGGUCACCGACCAGUUCGGACUUGAGCCCCCCCAGUGCUCCAUCUCCACCGCGUGGAACCGCUCGCCUCUCUCCCUCGCCCUGGAGCGGCCCGACGCCUCCACCACCUGCUUCGUCAUCACCGUCGCCGCCGCCAGCAACGCCUCGUCAUCAGCGCCCUGCACCGGCGGCGCCAAGGCGUGCUGCGACUCGUCGCGCCGUGCAGUGGACCAGCUCAGCGUGCUGGCGGACCCGACCUGCGGCGAUGCCUCCAUUGCCGGCGUGACGGUUGACGGCGCCGUAUGGACCAAUUACCACUUCGAGAACCAGACCAACGUCUUCACCGUGUCUGGUCUGUCGUCUGGUGGCGUGUCUGCCAUCAGCAGCCCGCCCUUUCCCGCCCCCGUUCCCAGCCCCUCGCCGCCGUCUCCCCUUCCUGGCAAGUCUGGCGGCGGCGGCCGCGGUGGUGGCGGCAGCGGCCGCGGUGAGCGCGACAGCGGCAGCGCCGCCAGCCCCGCGCCCUCGCCCAGCCCCUCUGGUGGCGUCGUCUCUGAAACCAGGUCGGCCAGUGUUGGGAUUCAGCCGCCAGUGUACGGCAGCGACGGUACGGAUCCGGCGGCGGCGGCAGAACGGCAGGUCCGGGUGUGCAUCACGCUGUCCACACGCACUCGUCGCUGCAACGUGCUCCGUGACUUCUGCCGAGACGUCCAGGGCUCCUCGCCGACCGAGUGCGGCGUGAUGGUGCGGGACGAGCAGCAGCAGUGCUGCCCCGUAACCCGUGUGCCGUACGGCGACGUACCGCUGGAUCAGCCGUACACCUUCCUGCUGCAGGGUCGCUUCACGGGCUCUGGCAUCACUUGUGAAGUGCUGCGACUGAGCCCCCAGGCCGGGACCACAAUCCUGGACGCGCUGGCUCUGGCCUACGUGGUGGGCCUGGGACUGCCGCAGUCGGACGACGUACGGUUUCUGUCGUACACGUGCGUCAGCAACGGCCCCGGGCCGCAGUACGACAACCUGCUCAACGCGGUGGGCACCGUCAACCUGCGCGGCCUGGACCCCCGGGUCAUCUACCGCCAGAGCGCCUCGAUCCUCAACGCCACCGCCUCCCGCUACGCACUGAGCAUCACCGGCGCCGUACCAUACACCGUGCCACCACCCUCCCCUCCCGCGCCCCCGCCCUCCCCACCCACGCCCUCUCCUCCGCCGCCGCCCUCUCCGCCUCCGCCGCCUCCCCCGCGCCCUCCCAUGCCGCCGCUGCCACCAGCGCCCCCUUCCGUCCCCGCCCCUCCCAUCCUGGCGCUUUUGGAUUUCAAUUUUGUUUCUUCGGAUCCUGGCGCAGCCCAGGCCCUGGCGUGUAACCGGGUUUUCGCCCGCCCGCGCACCGGCCGUACACUGACCGACAGUCUUACGUCAUCGUACGAAACCGCCCUGGAUCUGGAUCCGGAGCUUGACACGCUGACGGUUGACGGGCUGAGCUGCGCCGACUUUUCCAACAAGGGCGGCAAGGGCAACAGUACCGGCAACGGCAAUGGCAAUGGCAAUGGCAAUGGCAACAGCAACGGUAACGGCAACGGUAACGGCAACGGCAACGGCGGCGACACGCAGUCGCCUCCGGUCUAUGGCGGCGACAACGAAACCGAAACCGCCGGUCUCCCCAACCGCAGCAAGCAGCUGCGCCUGCAGGUGCUGCUGCGGCUGAAACUUGGUGUCAACGAUACUUCUGUGACGGUGGCGGCGCGUCUGCGACUCAUUAUUGCCAGCCUCAACAGCUCAGCCCUGGCGAGUGAGGCGGUUCUGCCUAGUGUUUUGGGCUUCAUCACCGAGCGAGUGGAGGUCCAGGGCGGCGGGCGCAACGUCAGCAUCUUUGCCACGGUAGUGGUGGUUUCAGUGACGCUCGCGGCGCCGUCGCCCCCGCCACCGGGUCCCCCCUCCACGGUGCCAACGUCACCAAGCCCAGCUCCCACCUACGCGCCCACCUACCCGCCACCCGCCUACUCCCUUUCCCCCAACCCGCCGGCUGCCUAUCCCCCUGCUCCUCCGCCGUCCCCGCCCCCACCGCCGCCUCCUCGGCCUCCGCGGCCGCCGCUUUCUCCCAGCCCGAGCCCGCCAGCUCCUCCCACUUACCCGCCACCGCCGCCGUAUCCCCCCGCCCCUGCCCCAGCCUAUCCCCCGCCACCUUACCCGGGCCCGCCCAGGCCGCCUAUGCCAGCCUACCUCCCGCCCUUCCCCCCGCCGCCUUCCCCGCCGCCGCCCUCCCCGCCGCCCCCUUUCAACUCAACACCUGCAUCACCGCCGCCGCUGCCGGCACCACCGCCGCCGUCGCCUUCGGCGCUGCUGCCGCCGCCACCUCCCACCACGUCAGCCCCACCUCCCCAGAGCUCCCCACCUCCCCCGCCAGCAACAGCCUCGGCUUCCCCUGCCCCUCCUGCUUCCCCACCGCCACCGCCCCUCUACCCGGUCGUGCCGCUCAAGCCGCCCCCGGCUGCGCCCGUCACACAGCCCCCUGCCCCGCCUCCCGUGUACGUUCCCUGCUACCUCCUCCCCCCCUCCGCCUCCCCCCCUCCCCCGCCGUACUACAACCACCAGGGCGGAAACUAUGGCAACUACGGCAACUACGGCAACUACGGCGCCCAGCCGCCACCAUCGUACUACGGCAUGCCAUGGGGACAGCCGCAGGCACCGCCGCCGUACUACGGUGCGGCUCAUCAGCCGCCACCCCCGUACUACGGUGCGGCUCAUCAGCCGCCACCCCCGUAUUACGGUGGAGGCUACGGUGGCUACGGUGGCUACGGUGGCUACGGCUACGGUGGUGGAUAUGGCUACGGUGGCGGGUACGGCAGCCCCCCGAUUGUGCUGUGCUACGUGCCGCCGCCUCCGUAUGGCGGCUACAGCCAGCCACCGUCGCCUCCGCCGUACUAUGCCGCGCCGCCAGGCUACUACGGCAGCGGUCCUCCAGGCUACGGCUAUGGCGGUUACGGGGCCGAGCCGCCUGCGUACGGGGGCUAUUGAUAUGUGUCCAGCACCGAUUGAUUCUGAUGCAUGCUAGUAAGUAUUGGCAUGGAUAGUGAGGAUUAAACGCGGAGACGCGGAUAGGGACGGCUGCGUGCCGUUGUCGUGCAAGGCUAGGGAGCAACGUCUGGAAAGGCGCGGUAGGCGAUUAGGGCGCACCCUUAGACCUAGAAUCUCUAGCCGGUAGUUAUUAGCAAGCCAGCCAGUGAUUGGCAGGCGUGCAAGCUUGUCUUGCAAAUGCCUUAGGGCCAGGGUUAGCGUCAGGGUGCAUUACUGCACUCCUGGUUAGCGCGAAUGGCAAACGUCGGAUGGCAUUGUUUGAAUUCUACGGAACUGCGGCAGCGUAUUGCUGUCAUCCAUGCUGUGGCAGCACCUGAUCCGCGCUUUGGUUCAGAGUUCGUGAGAAGUUCAGCUGUAGGAGCGACCGCCUGUGAAAGGGUGUCGGCAUUUGUCUUAUGGAGCCCAUGGUGCUCAGUUGAUUUGCGGCAUGAGAUUCGAGCAAGCUGUAUUCUUGCACAGGGAGUUGGAACGUCAAAAGACCAAGGGGUGCGCGCAGGGGUAUGAGAUGAAGUGGCCGCGCAGGGUUUGUCUCCAUCCCUCCAUGGCUGGGGAUGGCACUGCGAAAGUAAGUAAGGUGUAGGAUUGUAUUUUGCAUGUAUUGCUCUGAAUAAUGCUCCAAGUCCCUUGCGGGGCGUGCGUGGGGGCAGCAAAUGCGGAGUCAGGGCGCGGAAUCGCGAGGACGGAGCUGAAGCGAUGGGUUCGUGCCGGUCGGUGGUGCGUGCAGGCCAUCGUGAACGAAGU